UCUUCCUCUCCUCCUCCUUCGGAGCACCACGCCCAUGCUGGAGCGGCGGGAGGGCCCUUCUUCUCGGGUUUCAGCCCCGAGGAGGUGACCUGGCGGUGAGGGGAGCUGGCCUCAGUUUAGCGGUAUGUCGCUGCUGCAGUGCGGAGCCCGUGUGGAGGAAUAACGAGGAGUCCCACUUCGGCCAGGCUCCACCUGUCUCAUGUCAUCAUCAUCAUCAUCAUCAUCUCUCUGGCUAAUGCUGUGUUUCCUGCUCAGUGUUCUUCUGCUGCUGUCCCCAGGGGUCCAUGGCCAAGGUCGUCUGAAACUGACGGUCCUGUCUGAGGACAGACUGCAGAUGAAAUGGAAGGAGGCUGAUGGACCCGUGCAGGGCUACAAGGUCCGAGUGAAACCCAUCUCAGAGGUCCCACAGCCAGAGCUGAUGUUGACCACCACACGGGGCCGAGCUACCGUGGCAGGACUGGACUCCAGCCAGGAAUACGCCCUCCAAAUCCUGGUGCUCAAUGGGACGACAGAGAAACUUCUUGCAAAGAGACGAUUCACUAUGGAGGGCCUGCAUGAGGAGGAGAUGAUUCGCAGUGGGAGCCGAGAGCAUCGGAAGAAGCUGUUGCCAGGUGGGUCUGGGUCAGGAGACCUGGAUGAUGCAACGGAGGCUGUGCUGGGAAUGCCGACAAUUCUUUAUCCCAACCUCAUCACCACUGCUCCUGCUACUACGACAGAGCCCCUGGCUACAGAAACCCCCUUCGAGCCCCCUGACGAAACCACAGAGAAAACUGUAAAAGAGAAGAGGAAGAGGAAGAAAGAUAAAGAGAGGGGUCGGUCUAAGGUGGAGAGCAAGGAGGAGCAAGGGACAACACAGGGCAAACCAGCUGAGGAGAGACCCCGGAAGAGGCCUUUCCAUACCCAGCCAGUUACAGGCAUUUCUCCAAGGAGACCAUUUGAGUGUGACAGCGACGCGGCGGCGGACAUCGUGUUGUUGGUGGACGGCUCCUGGAGCAUCGGGCGCACCAACUUCAGGCGCGUCAGAGACUUCCUGGAAGGCCUUAUGACACCUUUCCACAUCGGGCCGAACAACAUUCAGAUCGGUCUCACCCAGUACAGUGGAGAUCCUCGCACUGAGUGGCAUCUCAACAACUUCACGACUAAAGAUCAACUGCUGGAGGCAGUGAGGAACUUUAGGUAUAAAGGAGGAAACACAUUUACUGGCCAGGCGCUGCUCCACGUCAUGGAGGAUAACAUGAGGGCCGAGGCAGGAGCAAGGGCGGACACACCCUUUUUCCUGGUUUUGCUGACUGAUGGGAAAUCUCAGGAUGAUGCCAUUGCUGCGGCCAACAAGCUAAAGAAUGCCGGCGUGGAGAUCAUCGCUGUAGGUGUGAAGAACGCUGAUGAAGCUGAGUUGAGACAUGUGGCUUCGGAGCCUGUGGAUCUGAACGUCUACAAUGUCAACGACUUCCCUCUGCUCAGUAAACUGGUGGCACGUCUGGUCCACAUCCUGUGUGGGAGGAUAGAGGACCGUGGCAUUUCAAAACGAAUGGAGCCUGCACCCACAGACGACCCAGUGCUCUCCUAUCCCAGUCCUACUGAUCUGCGCUUCUCUGAUCUGGGCUCGAGAGAAGUGAAACUCCACUGGACCAAUCCUGCUCAGCCAGUCCAACAGUACAGGGUGGUUUACCACAGUGCAGAGGGUCAGAGACCACAGGAGGUGGUUCUGGCUGGCUCAGAGUCCACUGUGCUACUGGAAGGCCUCUCCUCUCAGACACUGUACCACGUGUCCAUCUUCCCUGUGUAUGAAAACAACGUUGGCCUGGCGCUCAGAGGAACUGUCACCACAUUGCCCCUGGUCACGCCUGCCAACCUGGAGGUGACUUCUUCUUUCAGCACGCUGCGUGUAAGCUGGGGUGCAGCGCCGGGCGCGACACAGUAUAUGAUCCUGUACUCAGCUCUCAACCAUGGAGAGCCUGACGACGCCAAAGAGGAGAAAUUCGGUGCAGACCAGACAGUGGUGGAGCUGUCCGGACUACUGCCAGAAACAGACUACUCAGUCACCCUGUAUGCUCUCUAUGAUGAGGAUCCCAGCGACCCUGUCACUGCUGUAGCCCCCACACUCCCUCUGCCGUCACCUGUGACUGUUCAGUUUCCUAUGGUGACCCAUAGUAUGCUGAGGGUGAGCUGGGCGCCUGGAGCUGUGGACGUCCCCGGCCACAGAAUCACCUACAGCACCAACCACGGCAGUGACGUCAAGCAGGUGGAGGUAGCAGGACUGAACUCAGUGCUGGUGCAGAAUCUGUCGUCUUUGUCCAGAUACCUGGUUUCAGUGCAGUCUCACUACCCACAAGGCCUUUCUACAGCACUCACCAGUAACGUCACCACACUGAGAGUGCCUUCGCCCUCAGAGCUCAGGGUGACUAACUUCUCAGGCAGUGAUAUCACUGUCCGCUGGGAGGCUGCAGCCGGUGAUGUAGUGUCCUAUCUCAUCAAGUGGAUCUCCCUCAGUGGAGGUGACCUGAGACAGUUGAGGGUUAGUGGCGAGAGUGAAGUAGCGGUCCUGGAGGGAGUGGAGGACGAUAAGGAAUACCAGAUCUCUCUGUCUGCACUUUAUGGAGAUGGAGCUCAGAGUGAAGCUGUGGCCAUUCGCUACAGCACCUUGUCAGGUGGAGGCCCGUCCAGCGUAACGGUCUCUGAGGAGUCUGCAGUCAGCUUGGUGGUCAACUGGGUACCUCCCAACGCUCACGUCCUCCAGUAUCGUGUGUCUUACACUGCACUCACUGGAGCUGAAACCCAGGACAGCACUGUAUUGGUCCCAGGUGGUGACAAGCGAGUGGUGCUCGAGUCAUUACAACCAGAUACACGUUACAGCCUCCUGGUCACCGCCGAGUACCGCAACAGAGAGGGGGGCAGCAGUUCAGCUCAGGGCAAAACCACCAGUCUAAGGGUGAGCAGUGUGAGCGUGGUCAGGUCAGACCACUCCAGCAUCUGUGUGUCUUGGAGACCUGUGUCUGCUGUGGAUGGGUAUCGUAUUGUCAUCCAUUCUGUCAAAGACAAAGAAACAAAGGAAGAAAGUGUUGAUGAGUCGAGCAGCAGUCACUGUUUCACUGAUCUGGAACCAGAGAGUCUGUAUCGCAUCAGUGUGCACUCACUGCUCGGCUCAGCGGAGGGGGCUGCUGUCUCCAUUCUCCAUCCAACAGCCACAGCUCCAGCCAGAAUUCCUAUCCAUCCCCGGAUGUAUCCAAUCCACAACGAAGUGUGCCCUGAAGUCACCAUCAGAAACAGCAUUGUUAAAGGGUUCAACAUGAUGGAAGCAUUUGGUCUGACACAGAGAGCUCACUCGUCCGUGGAAGGCGUGGCAGCCGAGCCCUUUGUCUUCAACACGGUCCCUGCCUACACCGUGUUCAGAGACGUCCAACUGACACAGAGCACCAAGUUCAUCCACCCUGCAGGUUUCUCUCCAGAACACACCAUCAGCAUCGCCUUCCGCAUGCUGCAGGAUACACCCAGGGAACCCUUCGCUCUGUGGCAGCUAACUGACAAUGACUUCCAGCCCAAGAUGGGGGUGGUGCUAGACCCUACUACAAAGCGGCUGGUCUACUUCAGUCUGGAUUACAGGGGAGAGGUGCAGGAACUGACCUUCGACCAGCCGCAGGUCUACAGACUCUUCUACGGCAGCUUUCACAAGGUUCACUUGUCUGUCAGCCAGGUGAGUGUCUCCCUGUCUGUGGACUGCCAGCGUGUGGGGGAGAGACCUGCCCGCCCUCUAGGCACCUUGCCCACUGACGGUUUUGAAAUGCUGGGAAAACUGGUGAAGACCAGAGGACCAAACAGUGGAUCCGCCCCGUUCCAGCUGCAAUCUUUUGAGAUUGUCUGUAACACAACGUGGGCGUCAGAGGACACCUGCUGUGACCUGCCUGGAGUGAGAGAUGAGGAGAGCUGUCCUGCCCCCGCCUACACCUGCUCCUGUUCCUCUGACGUCCCUGGAGCUGCCGGUUCCUCUGGACCGACUGGAAAACCAGGUCCUCGGGGAGAAAAAGGCGAGAAGGGAGAGCUUGGCCAAAAGGGGGAGGUGGGUCCUUCAGGAAAAUCUGGAUUUGAGGGAGGCCUUGGACUUGUUGGCGGCACAGGACCACGUGGCAUGACUGUCCACGGAAAAGCGGGCCCUCCGGGUACAAGUGGGGAAAAGGGGGAUCCUGGCCGCCCUGGAGUCCAGGGUUUACCAGGACCUCCAGGACCGAAAGGGGAAGAGGGGAUCCCAGGCCCACAGGGCAUCAGAGGGAUCGAAGGUAACAUCGGCUCACCCGGUCUCACUGGACCCAGGGGUUUCCAGGGAAUGCCAGGAUACCCAGGCCCUAUAGGGGAUAGGGGCCCCUUGGGACCUGUGGGACCUUCGGGUCUGUCAGGUAAUAAAGGGGAACGAGGAGAGAAGGGGGAACCUCAGUCAAUGGCCAUGAUCUUCCAACUGGUCACACAGGCCUGUGAACAUCUAGUGCACAAGGAGGUGCUGAAGCUUGACAUGUUCAUGAACGAGAUAAGUCGUAAGCCAGCUCCUAUUGAGGAGCCAGUGGGGCCCCCAGGAGAACCAGGUAUCCCAGGGCCGAAGGGGCCACCAGGUGCCAGGGGUAACCAAGGUAACAUUGGUCAGCGGGGGAGACCUGGCAGGUCUGGAUAUCCAGGAGAACAGGGCCAGAGAGGUAUACCUGGAGGGAAAGGUGAUGCAGGGACCAAUGUCCAGGGGCCCACAGGGCUCAAAGGAUUUGCAGGGCCUCUAGGUGAGUCCAAGCUGGGAGUCCUAGGUUCCAAAGGAGAUGAUGGUAAACCAGGACCAGACGGGAUCCCUGGUCAUCCUGGGCAGCCAGGCGAAGUUGGACCACCGGGCAUGUGCGACAGUAGUGGAGGCUGCCAAAGAGUUCCCCAGCAAACAGAAGACCCUUAUUAUGGCUACCAGCCCUGAUAUGAAGAAGCAGGUAGCGGUUGCAUGGUGUCUGACUGAAAUGGCCUUUCUGCCUUUGGAGCUGAAUGACAGACCGGGUAUGGCGCUUUAAGAAAAGCACCACUGACGAGGUUCGGCGUGUUGAACUUGCCACUGACUGAUGCAGACUCUUCAUCAUAUGUGAGAAAAGGAAAUAACACAGGAAGGAGAUCUCUGUCCGGCUGUUGAUGUGUUAUUUGAUAAAAAUAGAGCAAGUGGUGAGCUUCCUCAUAUAGAUCAGUGUUUUGAUGGACAAAUAGUGUAAAUUAAGGAAAAUAUUUCCCCACUGGGACCAGUAAAGUGUCAUCAUAUCCACACCAUGUAAAUGUAAUCAUGCACUGUAUUGAAGCCACGUAGUUUAGUUUAGUGUUCCAUUUCUACCUGUUCUAUCGGCUAUUCUAACCCUUACUGCCUCAAGGAUAACAAAAACACCCAUGGUGUUAAAGCUCCUCUUUGUCCCAUGGUAGAAAUUAUACUGUGAGAAUAUUUGUUGCCAUGUGUAUAAUAAUUUGUAUAUUUUGUGUUUAUUAUAUUUACUGUAUACAGUUAUUGAUGUUAUAAUAUUUUAUACUGUAUCUAUUCACAUUGAAAAGUAAUGUUUACAUUUAAUGAUUUCCUGGGGGUUGGUUAAUUAGCAUUACAUUUUGUCUGUGUGUGUAUGUGUGCGUGCGUGUGUUUGUAUGUGUGUGCGUGUCUGUUAGAAUUUUUGCUAUGUAUAUUUUUCAUUAAUUUGUUACUAAAAUUCAAUGGAAAUGUG